AUGUAUAUUUUUACAGCUCAGGGACAUGUGCGAGAACACAUAAAAAUAUGGCAGAAGGCUCGCAUUGUAGUAGCACCACAUGGAGCAGGUUUAUUUAACGUUAUGUGGUGUAAACCAGGAACAGAUAUUAUUGAAAUAGGUUAUGAUGAAGGUUGGCCUAUGCCUGAGAUGUACUUUGAAAUGGCAUCCCAUUGUGGUCACCGGUAUUGGCUAGUCAAAGGUACAGGAAAAUAUUCAAAGCCAAUUACGGCAGAUCUCGUAGAUUUGCAAUGGUCAAUAAAGCAAGCUUUAAAAGAAGCAUGA